AUGCAAUUGGAACAAAAUAAAAUUCUUUUAUUUAAUUGUAAUCAAAUUGUUGAUUUCAAUAGUGGUGAUAUUAUUUUACCAACAAGAAUAACUUGUUAUUGCAGACAUCAUAAUGAAAAAGUUGGAUUUCGCAUAAAAGAUCAUACAAAUAAUAUUAUUGCAACAGGAAUGUCACCUCCUAUCAUGAUAACUGAUGAUCAUAAAUCAUCUAAAAUAAAAAAUGGAAUGGCAAAAAAACGUUUAAGAACUGAACAUGGUCAUAGUAAUACAAAUAAUUCAUCCAAAAAAAUUUUAAACGAUAGACAACACCAUAAACCUUCCUCUCCACUUCCUUCUUCCACCUCAUCUCCUUCUAGUAACGUUUAUAGGAACAACAACAACAGUAAUAAUUUAAUGAUGAGCAUCUCUCCAGCUGAAAUUCAACCAGAUUCUUCACUGUUAAAUGACUCAAAAGACACUUCAUCAUCUUUAACUUCAUCUCCUCAAUUAUCAAAAAAUAAUAUAAAACAACAAACUCCUUCUUCAUUGGAAACCACUCCAAAUUUAAUUUCUUCCAUUUCACCUAUUCAUAUUGCCCCACAAAAUCUAUCUAAUCUUUCGAAUAAUACCAAUUCAUUAUCGUUUCAACAUAACCAACAACAAUACCCUCCCCGAUUGCACGAUCAUCAACAAUUUGAUCAAACUUCUAUUAUGGAAACACCCGCAUCUCAGUAUAACUUUGCUUCUUCAAUAAGAAACAAUGAUAAUGCAAAUGUUAUCAAUCUAGCAUCAAUAAGCUGUUCUAAUUCUAUUUAUGAUCCAACACAUUUACUACAAAAUUUUGAUAGUGAUCCUACAAGAUUUAACAUCAACAAUGCAAACACAAGAAGUUAUGCUGAUUCAAUAAGACUUCAUAAUUCACAUAUUUCUAACAAUCCAAUGAUCAGAAGAUCUUUCUAUAAUUCAAAUGGAAAUAUAACUAGUGCUGCUGCCUCCACAUACCAGAAUAACACAAUGGCUGAAUUCCAAAUACCGAAAAUGAACAAAUUAAUCCCUUCAGAAGGUCCAAUGUAUGGUGGAAUUGAAGUAACUGUUUUAGGAAGUGGUUUUUAUGUCUAUCAAAAAUUAUGUUCUGUGUUGAUUGAAAGAGAAAUCGGCUUGGAUGUACAAGAUGAAUAUGGAUUCACAGCCGGCGCUGAUGAUGAUAUUUUAAACUUCAAUUAUCAAAGUUCAAUAGAUUUGGCAAUUUCCAGAAAAUUUAAUGAUAUUUCUGACUUAAUUUACGACUAUGAUUUUCAAGAUUCGGGUGUAUCAUUAUCACAAACAUCAUCCAAUGAAACAAUUGAUGAUCCUGAUGAUUAUUUGAAUAAAAUGGCCACAGAUUUAGCAACUGCGUCAACUGUUUGGCUACAAAAAACUUUUGCUUUGUGA